AUGUCGCUAGCCUCGAGCUCGCCUAGAGGAACGCUAUGUUCGGUUGAUACCAUUGAUCUUGAAAAGGCUGGCGUUGCAUCGGACAAAGGCCUUAAGAACUGCAGCGGCGGCAGCAAAAGCAAGACAAAUACCAAGACCAAGAGUGUGAAAGCUUGGUUUGACCGGCAUAACAGAACUUCUUCAAUCUUGCUCUUUUGCCUACUCGGUGUGGGCAUCAUGCUGUUCGUUCUCAGCUUUCUCUUGCUCUUCAAGAUCGGCCGCGGUCUCGCCGACGAGACUGUCAAGGCAGUCGACAAGUCAAGCGACCUCACCCAGUAUGUCAAUGUCUUCACUGGCACCGAAGGCGGAGGAAACGACAAUCCGGCUGCUGCACGCCCGUUUGGAAUGGUGAAGCUGGGCCCAGAUCUGCUCGACUCUACCACAGAUGCAUACUCGGGCUAUCUCCCCAAAGGCGACUUCUCGGGCUUCAGUAUGAUGCAUGAACAGGGCACUGGUGGUGCCCCCAAGUAUGGAACCGUUUCCCAGCUGCCACUGGUCGGGGAAGUUCCUCAGCCGCUGUCCAAUAUCACCGUAGGUCGGACCGGCUCAGACGAGGGUUCUGUAGGCUACUACAAGGCUGUUACUAGCGAGUCCGUCACCGUAGAGCUAUCUCCCGCCAAUCGCGCCGGAAUCUACCGGUAUACAUUCCCCAAAAUUGGGGCAAAUAAUAUUCUAGUCGAUGUUUCCCACGUGCUGCCCUCGUUUCGCGGCCAGGGUCUUGGUCAGGGGUACGCAGGCGGGGAUAUCACCGUUUUUGCCGAUAGCCACUACGAGGGCCAUGGCGUUUAUAACAAUGGCUGGAACCGGUCGCCCAAUUGGCCCAUCUAUUUUUGUGGAUAUUUCGACAGCACGCCAACGAGCAACAAAACAUAUUCCGGUACAGAUGCUAGCGGCAGCGUCGAGCAGCCCAGUGGACACGCCUCCUCAAACUCGAGCGAGGUCCGCAUCGGCAGUCUUUUCACCUUUAACGACACUGAGGUUAUCUCGCGCGUGGGCAUUUCCUGGUUGUCCAUCCCGCAAGCUUGCCAGAAUCUAGAGGAUGAGAUCCCGCAAGGAACAGAGUUCUCCCAGGUUGUCGACGACAGCAAGGCGGCAUGGAACGAUCAGGUGCUUUCGAAAGUAAUCACCUCGUCGAAAAAUUCAGACACUCUCUCGUUACUGUACACCUCGCUAUACUUUAUGCAUUUGAUUCCUACCAACCAGACUGGCGAGAAUCCGGGCUGGGUAUCGGACGAGCCUUAUUGGGAGGACAUUUUCACUUUUUGGGAUCUCUUCCGCUGCGGAACAGCGCUGAUGCAAGUCCUCCAGCCCACUGCCUACGAAGAGCAGAUCCGAUCUCUGAUCGACAUCUGGCGCAACGAGGGAUACAUGCCCGACGCGCGAUCCUCCAACUACAACGGACGAACGCAGGGCGGCUCCAACGCCGACAACGUGCUCGCUGACGCCUACGUCAAGGGCGUGCGCGGAAAGGUCAACUGGAUCGAUGGAUAUGCAGCUAUGCUCAAGGACGCCGAAGUGCAGCCGGCCAACACUGUGCCUCCAGACCCCAUGGCGCCGGAUUCCUCAACCAAGGAAGGCCGCGGCGCUUUGCCCGACUGGAAAAAAUACGGCUUCAUCACUCCGACAUACUCGCGCGCCGUCUCUCGCGCGGUUGAGUACGCAUACAAUGAUUUUGGCUUGUAUCAAGUGGCGGCCGGGUCUGGCAACCAGCUCGAUGCUGCAAAGUAUCUGAACCGAUCUCGCAAUUGGCGCAAUCACUGGAACCCCGAGACCAGCUCUUUGGGGUUUACUGGGUUUGUCGUACCUCGCAAUUUGUCCGGAUUUCAUUCGAUUGACGUCCUCAACGCUGGCGGCUACUGGGCUGAUCCGUGCUAUGAGGCCAGUCCCUGGGCGUACUCGUUCACAGACGUCCAUGAUGCUGCCCAUAUGAUUGAACUGAUGGGAGGCGCCGAGACGUUUGAGGAGCGUCUCAAUGUGACUUUUGAAGCAGGGGCCAAUGCCGGCAGCACCAUUUUCGACUCGACCAACGAGCCCAUGUUCACAAUCCCCUACCUCUACAACUAUAUCAACCGGCCCGACCUCUCCGUCCUACAGUCCCGCACUGUCGCCAAAACCUCAUACAACACUGGCGUCGACGGCCUCCCCGGAAACAGCGACGCCGGCGCCAUGCAAACCUGGCUACUCUGGAACAUGAUCGGCCUGUACCCCAUCACCGGUCAAACCACAUUUCUAAUCCACUCCCCCUGGUUCGACUCUCUCGAAAUCGACCUCGGAUCUGGUAAAAAACUGCAAGUAACAUCAACCAACGGCGAUAACAACGGCGACUCGGACUACUACGUUCAGAGUCUCAAAGUCAAUGGCCACAGAUGGAAAAAGAGCUGGCUCACUUGGGACGAUGUGUUUGCGCACGGUGGCACGUUGGAGUUUGAGUUGGGUGCUGAGCCGGUGCAGUGGGCGACUGGGGAUGUACCGCCGAGUCCGGCGUCGGUGGAUUAUUGA